AUGAAUAUCUGGAACGGGACCAUUGAUCUCAGUCCAGAACACCAUUUAGAAGGGAUCCGCUUGGUUGACCCGACCUCCCAUUGGCAAUCCGAUCUUACCAAAAACACCAAACUCGGUCUCCGCAGCUUCGUCAAUCCUGCUUUGAUUCCUCUCCAUGCGCGAGCUGGUCCUAGCCUCGAGUUACACACGACUAGCACGCAAACGUCGCAAUGGCUACAACGCAAAUUGUCCGGGACCAUCUGGUUAAAUGAAGAUGAACUGGACCUCCCCCAAUCACUUCAGUGUCCUGUCGGCCUGCUGGUCAGUGUCGAUGGGACUUCAUCCAAACGGUCUGGAGCCACCACCUCCGACCUCUUGGUCUAUGGCGUGUUAUCCAGCGCGACGUCAUGCACGCGACCACCCACUCCUCCCCAUUCAUCACCAAAUGAGACCAACGGCCGUGCCAACACCUCGACAACCAAACCAUACCAAUUGAGGAUUUACGCAGCGCCCCUCUCCACGCAGCAAGUCACCCAAGCACACGCCUUCCCAUCACCCCCGCCCAGUUAUGACGGAGAGCGCGCGCCUGCGCCGGCGCAAUUCCUUCCGGAUUGCUUUUCACCGAGUCCCAAGCGGAAGCGAGUAGCCACACUAUUUGAGUCGGCUGCACAACAUCAUCGCCGCGUACGACAGGGAGGUGGCGGGGCGGUCUCUCAGUUGAUGGCAUCUUCACGACCGUCGUCGUCAUCACAGAAUCUCCCAUCACUCCGAGCCAAACGUGAGCCCGAGGACGAGACACCAAGUCUCCCAAGUCUCGACCGACUGGUCUCUGGAAGAUCCCGAUCGAUGUCCCUUGGAACCAAUUUGACUCGCCCUGGAAGUACACGCAGUGCUCGCGCAACCCCGGGUAUUAGUGCAGAUCCUCAAAAGCGCGCCCCAACACCAAAUCCAUUCUUGGACUCCCGCUCUCGGCGCGUUUCGCAGCAAAUGCAGCCACAGUCUUUGCCCUCGGUAUCCACCGAGGAAAAUACCACCGUUCCAGCCUCUCCACCAAAGAACCCGGAAUCUAUCAUUGCGGAAAACAAAAACGUUAUCACACGUACUAUUCUGACUUGCAUGCGGCUCUAUGGAUUCCAUCGCUCGAGUAAACGGCCGUCGGCCAGCAAGUCGACGUCUGAAGCAGUCGAUCCAGAUCUUGAAACCUCAAGUUCUACUGCAGCCCCCGAAGGUCUUCGUGCAGAGACUCCUGCUCCAGGUGCCUCGGCUGACGACGACGAAUUCAAAGACAUGUACCAUGCGACCUACAAAGCUGCAGCUUUUGCGCUCCGGAAGUACGUGAAAGACUUGGCCUCUAGCGGGGGUAAUGCGCCUCAAGUGCUAGAGAAAGAGAAAGCCAUGACAUGCAUUGAUGAGAUUCUUCGAAUCUUUUGCGAGGGCCAUUAA